AUGACAGAUAAGAAGCUUGUAGUUGUCCUCGGAGCUACUGGUGCACAAGGCGGCCCCACAACCCGUUAUAUCCUCAAGCAUCUUUCUCAUACUUACCGAGUGCGGGCCGUAACCCGUGACCCUACAAAGCCAUUUGCUCAAGCUCUAUCCAAAUGUGGUGCCGAAGUCAUCUCUGCCGAUUAUGAUAUUCCUGACUCCAUCGAGGCUGCUCUAUCCGGAGCCCAUGCCAUAUUUGCUAUCACCAACUUCUGGGAGCAAAACUCACUUGAUAUUGAGGUAGCUCAAGCCAAGACUAUCAAUCGGAUUGCUUCCAAACUUCCUCACCUCGAACAUUAUAUAUUGAGUAGUCUACCUGAUGGAAGGGCAUUAGCUGGCCGUCAAUUUCAGAAUAUCUUACCAUAUAACGCUAAAGCACUGAUUCGACAUGAUUUGGCUGAGAAUUAUCCGAGUUUGUGGAAAAAAACUACAGAGGUGUUUGUCGCAUUCUACUUUCAAAAUUGGGUCAAGUAUCCAAUGGUCUUAGGUCCUUAUAAGGCGCCAGACAAAUCAUUUGCACUCUCAAUGCCAUAUCCAGGUGAUACUAGGGUUCCUUGCUCCGAUGCUGAGGACACAGGAAUGGCCAUUGGAGAAGUCUUGAGAGGUGGAAAAAAAUUCUUUGGAAGACAGGUUGUGCUUUUUGGAGAACCCAUUCCGGAAGAAGAAAGACUCAAAAUAUGGGCUGAUGAACUAGGGAUCAAAGCUAGAUUCGAGCAAGUAUCCUCAGAGCAGCAUGCAAAGCGACUAUCGAGCUAUGGACUCCCCCCAGAUACAGUCGUUGCUAGCACAGAACUCGUUGAGGCCUUACCGUACGAGGAAUCGAUGUUAACGAGUGGGAGACAUGUACAGACGAAAGAGUACCUCCCAGAUGGUUACAACUUGGCCACCUGGGUAGAUUAUGUCAGGAAGGAAGACUGGUCACCUUUGAUAGGCGCAUGA